AUGAAAAAUAUUUGCGAAACUUUAUUCCCCUGCUUUUCAGAGAAAAAAACUUUGGAUAAAUACGGGGAGGAGCUGAGUCGUGCAAUUUAUGGAAGUGAUUCUUUAAAAAGAGAUCUUUUUUAUGAAUAUGACUGUAAUUAAAAUGAAGAAUCUAAUUUUUGUCUUCGUAGAAUCAGUAGGAAUUAAGUAUAUUACCAAUGUUUAGAUUGUCACAGUCAAAAAUAUAUAAUUUGUAGUUAUUGCUUCAAUCAAAUGAAUGAUCAUCAUGGGCAUGAUGUGCUUAUAUAAAUUAACAAAGCAAGUAAGUUAAAUUUAAAUGAGCAAAAGAAUUAAUUAAUAUGCGAUUGUGGGUUCUUUGGAAUAUUUUGUCGCUCACAUUUAAAGGCUGCUGCCUCUGCUUAGAACCCUAAUAAUUCUUUGUAAUAAAAUGUAGAUUAAAAACUAGAAUAACCACAAAAAUUUAAAUUACAAUAAAAUAAAUACAAUACAAAUGAAUAACAAAAAAAUAUUCAAAUACUAGUGUAAAAUCAGUCUAUUAACAAUAGCUCUAAUGAUUAAUUUAAAUAGAAUGAUAAAUUGAAUAAAUCUGUGAGAGAAAAAAUCAUAAAAGUAAUGAAAACUCGUAUAUAGAAGUACAUAAAAGAAAAAAAUGUAUAACAAAUGAAUCUUUUUAUGUAAAGUUUAAUAAGUUAUAUUGCAAGUAGGAAUCUUCAGAAUGGAUAAGCGAUUGUUUGCACACCAAUACUUUCGAUUAUAAAAUCAGCUCUACUCGAAGAGUCAAUUCACGUUUCAAAUAAUUUUUCAUCCAUAAUAAAAAAGCAAAAUUAAAAUACGAAUACCACUAAUUAUUCACAUAAAAAUAGGGAUCUGAAUGGUAUUUCGUAAGUUCCUUCUAAUAGUAAUCUAAAAUAAUAAUAAGAGGCAACUAUUAUAGUAUGUGAAAAAGGAGUAGAUAAUAUUGGAACAGCUAAUAAUAUAGAAGGUAAAAUUUGUAGUGCAAAUUGCAAAAACUGUGUUCUUUCUGUAAAUGGCAUAAUAAUAAACUGUUAAGGUAAUCAAUCAAAUAAUGAUGGGAGCAAUAAAAAUAACUUCAAGCAAGAUAAUAAAAAAACUGAGAUAAAUUCAAACAUGCUUCUAUCUUGCUCUAACACUUUAUCUAUUAAUAUCAACUAAAAUAAUUCUAAUUCUGAAGUUUUGUUAGAGUCACUCUUGAAAUUCUACUGA